UCCCGCUCUUACACCGACGGCGCCGGCGGAGAGGGUUGGCGACGGCGAGAAACUGGCGACCGCCGUUGCCGGAAACUCACCCGCAUCUCUCGAGAUGGGUCGUCGUUACGACUGCGUUGAAUACAUCACCGUCGCCGGCGAUGAUACCUCUCCCGCCGGCACCGCCGGAGGUGAUGCUUCAUCACCGAGAGCCAACAAGUUUCGUAAAAUAUCGGUUUUGCCGCUGGUUUUCCUCAUAUUCUACGAAGUUUCCGGCGGUCCUUUCGGGGUGGAAGACAGUGUAAACGCAGCAGGGCCGCUAAUGGCGAUUCUAGGGUUUGUAACCUUCCCUUUCGUCUGGAGUGUUCCAGAGGCAUUGAUCACUGCAGAAAUGGGAACAAUGUUUCCCGAAAAUGGCGGAUACGUGGUGUGGGUCUCGUCGGCUUUAGGACCGUACUGGGGAUUCCAGCAAGGAUGGGUGAAAUGGCUGAGCGGCGUGAUCGAUAACGCGUUGUAUCCGGUCCUCUUCCUCGAUUAUCUGCAGUCCGGAAUUCCGGCGCUAGCCGGCGGCUGGCCGAGGAUCUUGUCGGUCUUCGCCUUGACUCUGGUCCUGACAUAUCUGAACUACAGGGGCUUAACCAUUGUUGGGUUUGCAGCCGUUCUUCUGGGGAUUCUCUCGCUACUUCCGUUUCUCGUGAUAGGCCUCAUCUCGAUCCCGAAGCUGAACCCUUCCAGAUGGCUUGUCGUGGAUUUGCGGAGCGUGGACUGGAACUUGUAUCUAAACACACUCUUCUGGAAUCUGAACUAUUGGGAUUCGAUCAGUACACUUGCCGGUGAAGUGGAGAAUCCGAAGAAAACGCUUCCGAAGGCAUUGUUCUACGCUUUGAUUCUGGUUGUCGUUUCUUACAUCAUCCCGCUUCUGUCUGGAACCGGAGCUACGCCCCUGAACCGCGAGCUUUGGACCGACGGGUACCUGGCCGACAUAGCUAAGAUCCUCGGAGGUGCUUGGUUAGGGUGGUGGGUACAAGUGGCUGCAGCCACAUCGAAUAUGGGUAUGUUCUUGGCCGAGAUGAGCAGUGACUCGUUCCAGCUUCUCGGGAUGGCUGAGCGGGGAAUGAUUCCCGAGUUCUUCGCCAAAAGGUCACGGCACGGAACUCCAUUGAUCGGGAUUCUGUUCUCUGCCUCGGGUGUGAUCCUCUUGUCUUGGCUAAGCUUCCAAGAAAUCGUGGCUGCAGAGAAUUUACUAUACUGCGUCGGAAUGAUAUUAGAGUUCAUAGCUUUUGUACGGUUGAGGAUGAAAUACCCGGCUGCGUCACGACCGUACAAGAUUCCCGUAGGAACCGUAGGCUCUGUCCUAAUGUGCAUUCCUCCGACCAUUUUGAUCUUUGUGGUCAUGGCCUUUUCUACUCUGAAAGUUGCCGGACUGAGUCUCGGUAUCGUAGUCAUCGGCCUGGUGAUGCAACCGUGUCUUAAGCAUGUCGAGAAGAAGAGAUGGCUGAAAUUCUCCGUUAGCUCCGACCUGCCAGACCUUCAUCACGAAACAGCAGAAUCUCCGACAGAAUAAGACUGCAAAGACAAUAGUUUUUGAACAAUCCUUUUUUGAACAAAGCCACAGAGGGAGAGAGAUCAGUUCCUAUAUCUGUCUUA